AUGAAAUCACUAGACUUGGUUGAUAGUAACUUAAUUAAAGAGGUAUCAGAAAAUCAUAGAAAUAAAACAUCAGGUAGAGGAAGAGAUAAAUCUGUUGCCAUUCCAAAAAGAAAAAAGAAACUACUGCAAGAUGUUUACGAAGAUGAUUAAGCCGGCUAAACUCAUUAUUCAAGUAGUACUGGUAGGUAGGGUCUCUUUGGAAUGGGAUAAUAGCAUAAAAGACAAAGCAUUUCUAGUAGAAGGAGUAAGUAAAAUCUUGAGGAGUAGAGGUAAGGUUCACCCAUGUAAAUUCGAAAAUCAAUUAAAAAGAAAAAUCUGCUAUUAGGCCAAAAUGUAAAUCUGCCUUAAGCCAGCAACCUUCAAGAAGUUGGAAUAUUCAAAAAUUUCUUGCUAUAAAAUGAUUCCUAAUACAUAGAAUAUGCUAAUUGCGAGUUUGUCCAGAACCUACUUGACACCUAGAUGAUGAAAGAAAAUAUGAUAUCCUUUAUGGCUCAACUUAUGGGGAACGCCACAUCCAAAGACAAUUUCUUUUUAAAAACUAGGCUUGCUCUCCAAGAUACACUCACUCUCUUUUACAUAGCAAAAAAUAUAGGCUAAAACAGUUCAGUUGAAUUUUACUUGCCAAGACUAGUAGAAAUGAUAGCAGACCUUCUGGAUAUUGAGCGCUGUAGUAUUUAUCUUUAUGAUAGAAUUAAAGAUGAGAUUUAUUGCAAAGUAAUAACUGGAAGGAUGAAAGAUCCUAUAAGUUUUAGCAGAAUGAGUCAUAAUAUUUUAUGCGAUGUAUUCAACAGAGGUGAUCCAAUUUUCAUUAAGAAUGCUUAAAUAGAAGAUAUUAGGGAUAAUCUCGGAGAUUACAACUAAAUAGACUUAAAACUUCAUCAAGUAACCAGAAAUUUAAUGAUUAUACCAAUAAAACUAGGAAACAAUGCUGUUGGUUGCAUUGAACUAGCCAAUAAAAAAGGUACUUAAGAAUUCACUGACCAUGAUUAAUCUAUUAUUCAAUAAAUCUGUGAUGAAAUAGCAAGAGGACUCAUUUCUUACGAAAUGAAGUUUAACAUAAAAAAAGAAUUUGAUGAGGAGUUAAAGUAAGUAAAGGGAUUAAUGGGUGAAACUUAUCAAUAAAUUCUAAUUCCAAUUGUAAAUGAUCUUAGUGAAAUGAUUAGAAGUUUGCUCUAAGCUGAGAGAGUAGUCAUGUUUUUGCACAACAGGGAUAUAGACCAUCUCUACUCAUUAGCUUUAACUUCUGAGAAUUAAUCAUAAAAUAACCAGUUCUAAAGUACAUUUAGAAUUGAUACAAUAAGAAUGAAAUCGAAUCUGGGGCUAGCAGGGAAAGCUUUCACUUCUAUGACUAUAAAAACUGAAAACUAAGCCUCAGACUCUAAAUAUCUUACUUAGGAUGAGAAAGAUCUUGGAAAGUUAAAACUCUAAGCUAUUUAAAAUGUGAUGGCAAUACCUAUCCUGGAAAAAUAAAACAACACACCAAUUGCAGUGAUGUAAAUAUAUAAUUACGAAAAUACUAAAAUUGAAGAAGGGAUACUAUGGAGUUUCUCUAACUUCUUAUCCUCAGUACUUUUCACUCUUGACUUAUAAUAAGGAGUGUACUUGACUUAGGAUGUGCUUGAAGCAUAAUUUAACUUGAUAAAUGAUGGAGUUAUAAUAUUGAACACUACAGGGAUUGUAACUAAAGUAAAUAAGUCAUCAUAAAUAUUAUUUAACACUACACCGGAAAUAGCUGUGGGUAAGCAUAUUACUGAGUUACUUACUGCAAAUAAUAAUCACUUGUUUAAUGCUUUCAAAGAGUAAGAUUAUCAAGAUUAAUAGUUAUAGGGUAAUUGA